AUGGAGGGCGUAACUAAGUGGGACUUGGGAUCAUUCAGAACGUAUUACUCCGUUGAACCUUGUGAGAAGUUUCAAGAAGAGUAUGUAGAUGGUAACCUUGUUCCUCGUCUUGAAGACGAGUUAUGGAAGGCUCAAUCUAGAAUCAAAGAGCUCGAAACAGAGAAGUUUGGAUCAAAGGAAAAUGUUAAACGAAACCGAAGAAUAAGCUGGGAAGAAAACACUGAUUCACUUGUUGAUUACUUGAAGGAGAAGUUAAGCGAAGAAAGAGAAGAAAGGAAAAGUGCUAAUGCUGAGAAUUCUAGGUUAAAGAAGAAGAUGUUGGAGAUGGAAUCAACAGUGAACCGGUUGAGGAGAGAAAGAGACACACUAGAGAAGGUGUGUGAGGAGCUGGUGACGAGGAUCGAUGACCUGAAGGCGGAAAUAAGGAGGAUAUGGUAUGAAACAGAGGAGGAGAAGCAGAUGUUGCAAAUGGCCGAGAUGUGGAGGGAGGAAAGGGUUAGGGUUAAGUUGACGGAUGCGAAACUUUCAUUGCAAGAAAAGUACGAAGAGAUGAAUUGGUUUGUGGAUGAGUUAGAGAAGUGUUUGGAGAUGGCUAGAGAAGUAGGAGGAGAUGAGUUGAUGAUGAGGUUGAGGAGAGGUGAACGUUUGAUCAAGAGUGCAAGAUCUUUGGAAGAUGCAAUUAAUGAUAUAGAUUUUGAGAAAUUUAAGAUUGUGUCUGAUGAUGAUAAUUAA